AUGGCGUCUCGCGUGAACAUCGUCCGGGUCGAUAUGCUCGACAAUCCGGCGAUGUUCAAGGAUAAGUUCAAGCUGGAGAUCACUUUUGAGGUCUUCGAGCAUCUCCCACACGACCUGGAAUGGGAGCUCGUAUACGUCGGCUCCGGGACCUCUCGAGACUAUGAUCAGGUGCUCGACUCGGCACUCGUCGGACCGAUUCCGGAGGGACGACACAAGUUCGUCUUCGAUGCGGAUCACCCGGACAUAUCGAAGAUUCCAGUCGACGAUAUCGUCGGUGUGAGUGUCCUUCUGCUCCGUUGUAAAUACAACGAGCAGGAGUUCAUCAAUAUGGGAUGGUUCGUGGCGAACGAGUACACUGAUGAGGAGUUGAAGGAGAAUCCACCGGCUCAGCCGAUUGUGGAGAAGCUGUCACGUAAAGUCGAGACAGACGAUUUGCGUGUCACCACGUUCCCGAUUCGCUGGACUGACGAGGAUCCUAUUCCGGAGCCACCAGCAUGUGAAGAGGAUCAAGUUUUCGCCGAGGAGGACUUGCUGCCGUUGAACGACGAAGAAGGACAGGAAGAGGAGGAAGACGAUGAGGAAGACGACGAGAUGGAGCCGACUGGUGGUGAGGAGAUCGAUCUCAACGAGAGCUUCAAUGAGCGCAUUGCUAACGCUCUGGACAGUGGAGAUCAGCAGAUGGAAGAGGCGACUGCUUCGACUCACGGAAUCGAUGGCAACGAUGUCGAAAUGGGAGAAUCCGAUGGAGUUCAGAUCAACAAUGAGCAUCAUGACAACGACAGCGUCAAGACUUCAGAAUCGAUGAUCGCCGAGCCACUGAGCGACAAGACCAACAACGAGAUGGCUCAUUAA